AUGACAGAGUACCGUGAAAUAGCAGAUAAAAAUGCGUGCCUCAGGAAGAUCGACGUUAAAAAUCAUGAAGAAAAUUUUGAGGUUUCUAAAAUUAAUCGUUUUGAUAACGAAUCCUUCAAUAGGGAAGAUUACGAGGACGGAUGGGCAUCCGACGAUUCACAGAUACAAGAGCGAUUAAUAGACGAAUUCGAGCAAAAACUUCAAAAAUCCUCACUAGAUAGUGUACUGUACCGAAUGUGCUAUCACAACAAUAUUGCUGCUAUUUACUCUAGGCAAAGAAAUUAUUCAAUGGCAAUGAAAUAUUUUAAUGAUGUCAAUCAGCUUUAUAAUGAACAUCAGUCAUCAUCUGCAAUAUCUCAACAAGAGCUUGCAUACGUUAUGAUAAAGGUAUAUUAUAACAUGAAUAGAUUAUACUAUCGGAAUGAAAACUAUACGAUGUCAAUACUUAUGCUCGAAAAAGCCAUUGAUUUAGCUUCGAGACAAGAUGAAGAACACCCACAGUUAGCUGAAAUUUAUAACUGUAUGGGAGUAGCUUAUGGACGAAAAAUCGAUUUUCGAAUGGCUGAAUAUUAUUUUGAAUUAGCUGUUAAAACCGCCAAAAAGACAUUAGCUGCUCAUAAUCCUGACGUUAAACGGUACUGCAAGCAAUUACAGCAGGUGAAAAUAUAUCUUGCAAGAAAGUAA